ACCUGAAUCUCUGGAUAUAAAUCCCACCUUUAAUUGCACAACUGUUCACUUCGUUGUUUCUUAUUUAAUUGCCAAAACAUAUGCCAUCGAGACUCGAUACAGUGACUGGACGUAUGUCCAAGCUAAUGCUAAGACGGUGGACUAUGCUCGCCGAGCGCUGUGAAAUUGACAACUGCUGUGCCCCGCUAAUGCGCAACCCGGAAACAAAUAUCUCGAAGUGCGUAUGGCACGACGCCUACGAGUUAUUCCCAGACGAGGUAGAACAUGAGGAAGAGGAAUAUGAGAGAGAAGAUGAAAAGCUCGACGCUAAGGCAUCGUUCUCUGGAGAAGAUCUCGACGAGCCCGAAUAUGAGCUUGAGCCCGACGUGACAACGGACGAAUCAUCCGAGGCCAAAGAGCGCAAUGAGCGGCGUGAGCAGAGAGACAGUGUGAGUGAUAAAAUCGGGCAGCUGAUGCUAAAGGGGUGGACAAUGCUCGGUGAAUCAUGCCCGAACAGCCAUUGUCUCGGCGUGCCGCUGGUCAGGGACCACGAUGGAGUGCAGAUGUGCGUUAGCUGCGGCCAAAGGUCCAUGGACGAAGACGCAUAUGUGAAGAAGUACGGGGCGUUACCCACAGAUAUUGAAAUGGCUGAUCCUAUCAGCCAAGUCGCCGCCAAGCACUCUCGCGAACCUUCUCCUGAGCCUGUUACUGAAACUAUCAGCACGCCUGUAGCCAGUUGUUCUUUUGAAGCCCCUAUUUUGGCAGUUUGUCCGCCAAAGCCUGUCUACAGCUCGUCUGCUGGAGCGCCCGAGAUAGCCAUUGGGGCGCUGAACACAAAGCUUGUCGAGCUCUCUGCCAUGCUGGCAGCGGCCACCAGACACAAGGACAUCAGCCACAUUAGCAGUGCCAUUUCGGUGUGCGCCAAGGCUCUCCGUGAGUGCCAGAAACUGAGGUGAAUAAAAAUCAGCCAGCGCACUGAUAAAUUAAGUUUUUUUCUUCAUAAUAUUUGAAAAAGAAAUUUUGAACUGCGCAAAAAAAAACCAAACAAAA